AUGGCAGGUCCUUCGACAGCAAAGCCUUCCGUUGGAUCAGUUAGCUGGAUCGCAAAUGAGCGAUCCACUGUUCAGCAGCUUGGGGAUCAGGAUAUGGAGGAUUUCGCGUUUGCAGCUCGAAAUGAUCUUGAGUGGUUGAAUGAACAUAUGGCCGAGAUUUUUGAGAGAAAUAACCUCGAUGUGGCCGAGCUUCUAAAGACACCAGGAAAACUACGUGGUCAGAAAACUCCUAGGACCGGGCGGAAACAAGUGCGUCCAGUGGCGCCAGGACGUGAGCAGCCGGCCAAUGAGAACCCAAGCGACAAUCCAUUCUACACCGUUGCUCCACUACCGGGUAAGAGACAAACUUCGCCAGCUCGUGGCUCAUCAAAAUCGCCUUCUCGGUCAUUACGAGUAUUACAAGAUAUAAAAGUGAAGAAGCCCACCAACCCUAUCAAGGAUAACUCUGUCGGCCUGAAACAGCCAGAAAGUCAGCCAAGUCUCACUGACAGCGGUGUAUGGAGCGACUUUCAAUCACAGCCACAACAAACUGGAUUGGUAUCAGAGUAUAAUUCGUUUGUCUCGGAGCCUGCCAUUGAUAGCCGAGCAGGGGAUCGAAGUUCAAGCUACCAUAUUGCUCCCGAGGAGCCGGAUGAGAGGGAGCAGGAAGAUGAAGAGCAGGAGCAGGAGGAUGGAGAGCCCGUGGAGGAGGUGGUGGAGGUGGAGCCGGAGAAGCCGGAGGAUAAUGAUUUAGAACCACCAAAGCCAGAAUCACCUGGACAUACCAUAAAGGUCGCUUCACCAGGAAUAAUUGCUUUGGAAAAAACAGUCUCUUCAGAGGGAUCUCCUGUAAAACUUGUUUCUUUACUAAAGAAAGCGGCCAAUAAAAGCGAACCUGAACCUCGAAGGUCAGGUCGCCUUGCUCGACGCUCCUCACCUCCACCCGCAACCGUCGAAGCGCAACCGGAUCGCCUGAAUUCAUCUUUGCCACCAUCAUCGCCCAACAUACCCCAACAGGGGACAUUGGUAGAAAUAAGUGAGAAAAUAUCUACAUUACCGAUUGAACAAUCGCCCAUUCCUCCGCUAGCUGCUGCUGAGCCAGCAAGACCUCAGACCCCCUCCCCCGAAAAAACCGCCGAAUCAGCAAAGAACUCGCCAGCUGCUCCUCAAACACCGGGGGAUGAGGACUCCCCACGUUCUAGUUCAUCAUCUGAAUCACCAGCGCCUGAAAUCCCUAUAGCCCGGAAGAGUAUACUUAACUUUGCGUCUCUUCCAGCUAGAGAACCAUUGACAAAUAAAAAGAAGAGCUUGGGGGUCAAACACACGCGCGAUAGCAACGUAGAACAAGUUCGUCUUAAUGGUACAAGCCGAGCCAGCUGGAUGAACCGUAAAGGAAAUGGUAAGAGUUUGGGGGCUUCAAGUAGACAAAUCGAGCGGAUCGAAAAGGCAGAUAAAGAGGCUGAAGAAGUGGGGAUGAAAGACGCUGAGGAGGAGGAGAUUAUCCUGAAGCCAGACGCAUCAAACAAUCUAAAACGAAAGACCGAGACUGUUCGCGAUGGGUCACGAAAGAAGUCAAAGGGUACUUCUGAGGAAUCGGAAUUGGAAGGCGACGAGUCAGACGGUGAGACAGCAAAGGCCGUAGCUUUACAUAAUAAGACAUCGACACAAAGGCUCCACGACAAAAUUCAACAACUUGGAAAAGUCAAUGCAUCUCGGGAAGCUCGUUCUUUCCCCUCAUCGGGUUCGGGUGUUGCAUAUCCCGAGUUACCACAGCUGGAGAAAGAGCCAGUACAAGCUGUACCAGCUUCGAAAAGUGCAGAAAGCGAGGAAGGUCAACCUUCUGUUGCGGCUAUUGACCAGACAAGUGUCACCCAAGAUGAUGAAGAAUGGAUUCCGAUGCCUAAACAGACGUUGACGAGAAGCCAAAGUCAGAAAGAAGAAGUCGCUGCUAAAGAGCAGACCUUGGCUAGAAGUCAAAGCCAUACAGAGGGCACAGUCGCAUCUAAACAACAAGAGACUGAGAAGCCAGUAUCUGCAAGAUGGAGGCAUCACUCGCCCCAGAACACAUCCCCUCAACCCACCAUUCGGACAAUAACCACUAGUGAGAGUGCACCUAAUCUGAGAUCACCAGCAGCAGUCAGACAACUACCUCUCUCACCGCUCAAGGCAUCAUUCUCUGAGGACUGGAUAAAAUCUCCCGCUUCACCAACAGCUAAACCAUCUGGCGAAGGUGCAAUCACAGCUGUUAAGGCACACACUUCGGUUGUCUUUAAGAAAGCGAAGGAGAUGCUGCUCAAAAGCUCGACAGCCAGUACCUCUGCUAAGAUCGAGACUAUGAAUCCCGCAUCGCGGGGCUGGCAAGGGGGGCAGAAUUCGCGGGAACAGCUCAAAAGUGUUGACUCGCAAAAAUCCGCUAAACCGAUGGAACAGCUCUAUCCUGAUCUAGGAAUAAUGAUGGCCAAGGAUAUGGAUAGUCCUUCCUCUACUAAAACUCCAGUAACCGAAACUCUGAAGGAAACACGCCAAAUGAGCAUUGAUGUACCAGAAGCAGUUGUAGAGCCUAAUAGAGAGCCACGUCGUACUAGGAGCUCGGCAUCCAAGGAUACUCCUGAAAACAGUCCUGAGGUCGAGCAAACUGCUGUCAAAAUUCAGAAGGCUAGGGCGGAGAGAGAGUCCGAGAGGUUAGAGAGAGAGGAAAGGCUUCGCGAGAAGGAAGAACAGCUACGACGGGUUGAGGAGGAGUUGCGCAGGGAAAGAGAGGAGAGGGAGUUGGAACAUAGACAACAGGAAGAGAAGCUUAGGAAGCAACGUGAGGAAAGUUUACGGCUGGCCGAAGAGAAGUUGCGUAAAGAACAGGAAUUACAACAAAAACAUAAAGAGGAGCAGAUACGCAGGGAAAAGGAGGAGUUCAAGAAGCUUCAAGAAGAAAAAUUGAAGCAGGAGAAGGAGGAACUUAGGAGACGACAACAAGAAGAACUAAGGAAACAGAAAGAGGAGGCCCAAAAGGCGAAGGAAGUCCCAGCUAGUUUUCACGACCAAGAUGACUCCACGGAUAAAGAGGAAGAUGAAGAUAAUGAGGAUGAUAAUGCUUCGGAGGCUGAUACCCGCACGAUGAUCAGGUCAUCUGCCGAGCCAGAACGUCCCCCAUCUCGUCUCCAAAAAGCAGGAACCAUUCGAUUCCAAAAAACAAGAGAUACCAAACCUGUACAGCGUCCUGGGUCAGCAAUGAAGGAUCAUGCAAAAUCAAAGGGCCCGCCUGUUUCUAUAAGCGUGGGCACUGCAAGUCAGAGGGAGAUGCAGAAUCAACGAAACAAACCGCAGGCGCCUUCAACUUCGACACUGGUGGCCGCACUCAAACAAAGCUUCGAGAAUCCGUCUCUAAUGACUAGUACAAGUCAAACCAGCUUAAAUUCGUCUACAUCCAACAACAGCUUAAGGUCUUCCAACCUAGGAGGGCCGUCCAAGCCGCUUAAGUCAUUGGCAGCGGCGGCCAGCCAGCUGAAGAAGGAGCAAGAGGACAAGGAACGUAAACUGGUCGCGAAGCGAGAAAUCGAACGUCGUAAGCUGGAAAACCAGAGGAAGAUGGAUGAUGAAGCACGCAGGGCAAGACAAAAGCCAGUAUCUACCCAAAAGACGCUGGCUCGGACUCCUGCUGUGGCAAAUCUUCGUCAAACAUCUGAAGAACCGGAGAGAAGAUUGGAUUUCAAGACUGGGGCUAAGCCCGGUCUUGCUAAGACCGCUGUAAAACGUGCCUUCCAGCCAGAUGCUGCCGAGGAACAGCAGCAAUACAGGCAAACAGCUACUAAAUCUGGGGCUCCAUCGUACCAACAAGAUCCUGCGAAGAAACGAAGAACUGGGGAAUACGAUGAGCGUGGAGAACGUACAUAUGAGAUGGCACCGCCCAUCCGCCAAUCAGUCGCCAAAAAGGAAAUUGUGCCAAAGAGUGCAAUGCCUCAUGGAUAUACACAGGCAUCAGCAUCUGGGAUGCCAUCAAUGUUGAGGCCACCUACCAAGCACGGAGUUCCAAUGCCUCAGGUUGAGAGUGUUAAAUUCUCAAAGGAAAAGAUACGGUUUGCGGGUGAAUCUUCUACUGCUAGCGCAUCUACCACGCCAUCCACUUUUAAAACACCUGGAUCCAAAUCUGCCAAACCAAGCAAGACCCCAGCUGGCGCCAAGGACUCACCAAUAUACCAGAAUGGGGAGCUUAUUGAUUUGCCUGACAUUCAAACUGAUUCUGAUGAUGACGACGAUGACUACCCGGCAAAGAGCGAUUUCCACGUACCCAAAUGGGCCGAAUCUCCGGAGCUUCGCGGGUUGUUGGAGAACCAGCAGAGCAUCAACCCCGAAGAUGUUUUCGGCCCCAUGGCCAGACUAGAUAUGGAUGCCAUCUUCAGGGAUGGGGGCGGAAGGCAGAAGUUCCGAGCAAGGACUUCAUCAGCGAACUGGUCGGGUGCGGAUAGACUCACUCCGGAUGAAAUUGCGGCGGAUAUGGAGGCGAGGAGGAAGAUGAUUGAGCAGGGUGGCUGGAAAUUCCAGCCGCCUCAGUAA